CCCCUGAUGACUUAGAGCGAACGCGGCUGAGGCGCCUCAGUUGGAGGGUGGGUGCGGUGUGGGGUAGGAACGUGUCGCUGUCAUGUUGGGGUUAAUGAUCCGACAGGUCAAGAGCCAUCCGAGCUUAAUCCCAUUGUUUAUCUUCAUUGGAACCGGAAGUUUAGGAGCAAGCAUGUACCUCCUGCGGCUUGCUCUCCGUAACCCUGAUGUUAGCUGGAAUCGCAAGAAUAACCCUGAGCCAUGGAAUAAGAUAGCACCCAAUGAGCAGUACAAGUUCUUUGCUGUAAACAUGGACUACAGUAAACUGAAGAAGGAUCGGCCAGAUUUCUAACUGUUGAAUGGGACCAUUUUGUCCAGGUGGCUUUGCUAGGUUGUGCAAUGAGCCCUGCAGCCAACAUUACUACUGUAUGUCUUAGUGCACCAUUUGGGAAUCAGUUAUUUUUCACUUAUGUGUAUAUAUGAAAUUGAGAAUAAAUCUGGUGUGCACUACCUA